AAAGCAGCUGCUGACCCAAACUCAGACUUUAAGGCGAGCUGGUGUGUCUGCAUCACACUGUUUUGGACAGCAUGAAGACGCUCUUUUUCACCUGUAUGCUGGUGCCAUGGCUGGUGGCAGCCUCAGCCAGGACUUUCGACCACGACUCACAGCUGAUACCAGGAUCUCUAGCUGGCAGUCAACUGAAUGGAUACUUCAGUGACUAUUUAAAAUCAAGGAGGGCUAGGAGGGCGCUGCCUCCUGCUGAUGAACCUGAUGACAACCCAAUUACAGCGGAAGCAGAUGCCGCUGACCUUCCCACCUGUCUGCUGUGUGUGUGUCUGACUGGCUCGGUGUACUGUGAGGAGGUCAGUCCAGACAUGACCUCCAUUCCCACACUACCUAAAGAAACAGCCUAUCUGUAUGCACGCUUCAACAAAAUAAGAAAGAUCAAAAACAAAGACUUUGCUCAAAUUGUGACUUUAAAGAGGAUCGACCUGACAGGGAAUUUGAUCUCCGAGAUUGAAGAUGGAGCCUUCUCCAAGCUAACCCUCCUGGAGGAAUUGUCUCUGGCUGAGAAUCAGCUGGUCAAACUUCCUGCACUCCCUGCCAAACUCACAUCUUUCAAUGCCAACUACAACAAGCUCAAAACCAAAGGAGUGAAGGCUAAUGCUUUCAAGAAACUCACCAAGCUGGUUAACCUGUACCUGGCCGACAACAUGCUGGAGGCUGUUCCAUACAUCCCAGAGAGUGUUCGGAUCUUACAUCUUCAGAACAACAACAUCACUGAGGUCAAUGUGGACACCUUCUGCAGGUCCAAUGACACCUAUUACCUACGACCAAGUCUUAAUGAGGUCCGCCUUGAUGGUAACCCAGUGGUGCUGUCAAAAUACCCUGACAACUUCACCUGUAUGAAAGUACUGCCUGUUGGAAAGUACCGUUGAGGAGACUGAAAUUUAACUGCACUCCCUUUGUUGCUGAUGGAAGGUUUCCCACAACAAAGAGCUGGGAGACACCAUGGUAUUUUGGAUUUGUGGAGCUGGUCCCACAGAUGUCAACGUUUUUACUUCGGCAAACCUACAAUCAGCAUGUAUCAGGUCAAAAUCAAACCUCUGACUGGACUGAAGGUGUUCAUUAACUCACCUAAAGGCCUUUUACUGACUGGUGGGCAGUAAAGGGAAUUUCAUCAGUGUAAUUAAUCUCAAUAUGCUUCACACAACCAGUUUGUCUAACCACAUUUAAAAUUAGUGUUUAUACCUGUAAUCAAAAUAACAGAGUCAAAGCCAGCUGUCAUGUAUACUUGGCUUAAUCCCUUAUGUCUUUAAAAUAACUGUAAUGUGGUGUAUUACCCUUGGUGCACUGAAUCAUUUCACACCUGCACACACAUAACCAUUGAAGUGGCAGUAUUUGUUAGAUUGUUGCAAUUUCUAAGGCUUAAAUCCCACAAGGACUUUCCCUGGUAGCCUCAAAGCACCCUUUUCACAGGUAAUAAAAUGCUACUACAACUAAUAUAAUCCUAUAAAUGAGUGCAGCAGUUUUAACAGUUCUACACUGACAGUCCAAGUUGUUGUUUCAUUUUGACCUGCUGAUUUACUACAUGGAUGAACCAAUCUUAACAACAACAAAAAAAUCCCAAAACAAACAAAACUACUUGUGACCUUGAAACAACAGAAACACCUGCUGUCACAAACGAAGAGGCUUUCUUGCAGCCCAAUGUCUUCACAUUGUUAGUAGACUGUAUCACAUUAAUUGUGAGCAGUAAGAAAAUGUAUUUAUAUUUCAAGUUAUUUACUGUAAGCAUCUUCAUUUUUGCUGUUUUUGCUCAUCUAAACAACUGACUUUUAGCGCAAAAUCUGACAUUUCGAAGUUUUACCUAAAAUUAGCAACAAAAUACUACAUCAAGAACAAUAGAUCUAAAUGAAUGGACCCAAGGCAGAUUUUUCAGAUUUACCUCUGAGUAAAGGGCACUCAAUAUAUGACUGAAGUGCAGUUAGGGGUGGGCGAUAUAAACGAUAUACGAUAGAAACGGUAUAGAUUUGGCCAACGAUAGAGAUUUUGACUAUAUCGCUCUAUCGCGAUAGCGCAUGUUGAUGAUGUCAUCAAGCUGCGCCUGUUUUGGUAGAAAGUAUCACAGCGGCUACAACCAUUAUCAUCAGUAAAUUAUGUUCUCCUGACUGAAGUUUGGCCCGUGUAUAGCAUCCUGCUAUGCGAUUGCAUUUGUCCCUAACCACCAGAAUCCCUCAUGUUAACUUUUAUCGAGUGGAAAAAAAGUUGCCGUUCAUCCUCCAGCUUCACUGUGCUAAUGUUAUGCUAACAUAGCUGUGUCGCUAGCAAUCACGUAGCACAACAUUAUAUACCAGGUAGUCCAACUUCGGUAACCCUGCAAACGCCACUGCUGUUUAGUUUUCUGUCUUCAUUUAUGUUGGAAGUGGUAGCAGAGCUGUACUUUUUAAUUAGUUUCAAAAAUCUCUCAGUCAGAACAUGGUAUGAAAUGUUUAGGUAUAAACUAGCGAGCUAACUUCCUGUUAACUUCUAACUCCGUUAAAUUUAAUAAAUUCUGUUUUCAUGUUUGCAUGGAUGUUAAACUUAAUUGUUACACCCGAUAAAGCAGCAACGCUGAUGAUUUAAUUAAAGAUGAAAGAAUUUAGACUGUUUUUAACUCUCAGUGUUCGUUUGACUUUGGGACCUGAAGGGGACGGAGUUUUGGACCCAGAUUACUCCUCACUACGGCAGCCGUAAUGCUCUGACAAUCCAUCAAGCAGUCCAUCAGCAGGCUUACCAAAGUUGUACUAAAACAUUUUUUAACAGAUUUCUACACGCCAAAAUCGGUUCAAGGUCAGUGAGCACAACCAGAAUUCAUACAUAAGGCACACUCUCGAUUUUUGAGAAAAUUAAAGGAUUUUAAGUGUGCCUUAUAGUGUGGAAAUACGUUAUACAGAAGAAAAGAAUAUAUCGUGCUAUAUAUCGUUAUCGCACAUGCUUCAAAUUAUAUCGCGAUAUGAAUUUUAGGCCAUAUCGCCCAGCCCUAAGUGCAGUUUAACUGAUGCAUUAGUGAUUAUAAUAAUGCUUUAUUUUUAAAGUUUUUAGUAAAACCAAAUCUAAACAUUAUUGUGCUGAUAACUGACAUAUAAUUCAUGCUGUCUGGUCUGUAUGUUUAAUCUAGGACUCUGGCACGUUCCUGUAUGGGAAGAUCCAUAUUUAUCACAAACUGACCCUUCAUGCAACCCUGUUUUGACCCAUGUGUUUUCUAGUGAGCUGUUCCUAUCUUUACUUGUCUUUAAGAAAGUCAUACUUGACAUUUUAGAGUCCUGACAACAGAAGGAGGGAAGAAGCAGGAUUGAAGUAAUUUUAGUUAUACAAAAGGAAUACUUGAUAUCUGCAUGCUGAUCUAUAUCUAGUAGAUCUAUAUCUCCAAUAGAACAUUGUCACAUGUCCAAAAAAACCCCAACAACAACAACAAAAAAAUAUCCUAACUGGCCACAAAUCUGUGAUCAUUGUUAACAUUCCUCUUUACGUUAACUGUAUGUAGCUUUAAGAUAUAUAUUUUUUCUUUGCUGAUUAAAAACUACAUUUCUUGAAAUACAAGAAUAUUGUGUAAAUACGUUAACUAAGUGAAAAGUGUGUUUUGUUCUGCUAUUGUGUGGAUUAAUUGCACUUUUCAUUAUUCCAUUAGACUUAAGUAUUUUGUGACUUACCUUUGUUUUCUUAAUUUAUAGACUCCAGCAGAAAUGAACUGGGGAACAAUGUAUCUAUGAAUUAUAGUAAUGUGAAAGUUACUCCUCUUGCUUCUAUAGUGUCUUACGUUUGUUCCCAACUCUUCCCUAAUUAAAAUUAAUUUAGAGAUUAUUACUGAUGUGAAUAAGAUAGUGGUGUACAGGAAUA